AUGGCGACCGAAGCAAAGGCUGUUACCGAGGAUGUCAAAAUCGAUCUCUUUGAAGAUGACGAUGAGUUCGAAGAGUUCGAGAUCAAUGAAGAGUGGGAUGACAAGGAGGAAGGUAAAGAAAUAGCUCAGCAGUGGGAGGAUGAUUGGGAUGAUGAUGAUGUUAGUGACGAUUUCUCUGUUCAGCUGAGAAGGGAGCUGGAGAGCACUACAGAGAAGAAUUAA